CAAUUAGAUUCUCUUCAUCAUAACACUCAACAACACUCUCGCUAACUCUCUAUCUCUCUCUCCAAUCUCCGACAAGUCCCAUAAAUAAAUGACAUUUUCCCGGCAUAUACCCGACGCCAAGAUCUCCGUCUCAACCACCGUGACUAAGAAGCUCGACGUCCCAAAUCCGCCGCCAAAGUGCUGCAUCACGUGCCUUGCGAGACUCAUCAGAAAAGUGAAGAGUAAGGGGAGGUUGCUGCUGUCGGCAACAGCGUCUCGGAGACAGCAGAGAUCGCUGCAAUGUCGGUAUGAUCCAAUGAGCUAUUCACUGAACUUUGACGGUGGCGCGUGUGGUACACUUGCUGAUGAUGAGGAUUAUUAUUUCCGGUUCUAUGCAUUUUCUUCAAGAUACGUUACUGCUAAUACUAUCAAGAAGAGACCACCUCUUUCCUCGUGACACCCUCUCCACCUCUUUACAUGAAUUCGUGUAAUCUUAUUUGUCAUGUGACUUUUCUUUUUCUUUUUACUAAAAGCUAGUUUUAGUUAAUUUUUUCUUUUUUAGAUAAUUUCCUAUUUGGUGUUUUAGUUCGUACAUUUUAUAAAUCUAAGUUUAUUUUUAUUAAUUAAAGUGUAAUUCUAAUUAUACGUAUUGAAAGAAACUUCAUUACGUUAUAGUUUAUUAGAAUAUCUCCAGAAAUUUAUAGGAAUAUUUAGCAAUUAGAACAAAAAUGAGAGUAAGGGAGAAAACGAAGACGUGGGGAGAACUAGUGGAUUAUGUGUCAACGGCAAGGGCGCCCCGCCCAAGACCCCUCUCUUCCUGGUUCGUUAUGUUUUUCAGGCCACAAUAUAUAUGCUUUGGAGAGAAAGAAACGCUAGGAAACAUGGAGAGAAUCCACGCUCCACUGCAACCAUGUACAGGACCAUUGAGUCAUUGACCGAGCGUUUCGAAAUCGUCUCCUGUCGAUGAAUGAACUAAGAGUUGGACAUUACCAAGACGGCCUCCAACAAUGGUUUGGAGCUGUCUCUAUAGUAUAAGGCUAUGUUGUUUUGUUUUUCUUUUGAGAUAAGAUUUUUGUCAAGAUAGAAAGUCUAAAUUUCAAAGUUUACACAUGAUGUAACACAGUUUAGUUUUCUUUUGAAUCCAAUUUAAUAUUUUAUU